ACACUGGUGACGUCAAGUUCUUCCAACCCUGCGAAUCCACCUUGAUGGUUGAUGCCAUUAGUUUGUUUAAUGGUACUUUUUAGUGAGUUUCUGAGAGUUAACGUCGUUCAUUCCUCUGCUCUUGCGUGUUGUAGUGCUUUCAGUUUAUUUGGAUUGUUGACUGUGCUCUUCAAAAUUCAGAGGUAGUUUUAGUGGCGUGUGAGGAAAGCCUGGAUAUCUCCACCUCUGCCAGUUAUUCAGGCUUCAGCAGAACAAGAGACGAAGGAGAAUAGCCGAGGGACACCAACUGGGUUUCUCUUAUUAAGACACCAAAUGACGCGCGGAGAUGACAGGAGCCAUUCUCCAUUGAUGCAAAUAGAAUUAUAAAACAGAGGCCCACAGCAGUUUUCCUUGUAAAACAUGAAAGACAUCAUUGUUAUUGAUCAGCCUGUAGUAGAAAGGAAGAAGGGGAAAGAACCAACUCACAAUGCUAAGAUUGUGAAACCAUCUCAAGGGGGAGCUAUAAACAAAAAGUUUGAGUGUUCGAUGUGUCACAUGGCAUUCAAGCACAGAGGCGUUUAUAAUAGGCAUCUGAUUACACAUAGUAAGGAGAAGCCUCAUGUGUGUGAGGUGUGUGGAAAGGGGUUUUCACGAAAGCAUCAUUUAAUCAAUCACCGGAAGGUCCACAUGUCUUCUGAAGAACGGGCAAAGCUGAAGAAAUACCCAUGUGAAGAGUGUGGGAAAAUGUUCACGAGGAAAGAAUACUUGAACCAACAUUCUCACUCUACAGAAAAAGACAAAGUGCAUGAUUGUCCAUGUUGUUCCAAGUCAUUUGUGCAGAGAUCAGGUCUUGUUCGGCACAUGGCUUGUCACCAAAGCAAAAAAAUUAGGUGUGAUAUUUGUGACAAGUAUUUUUACCGUCUUGAUGUUUUAAGACAACACCGAGAAACACAUAACUCACAAAAAAAUGAAACCUGUGAGCAGUGUGGAAAAUCAUUUAAUUCAAAGACAUACUUAAAGAAACAUUUGCGGUCUCAUUCACAAAAAGGGAAAUAUUCUUGCACCGUCUGUUAUAAGGAAUUUGUACGGAAAUCAGAUCUGAAUCGUCACAGAGAUAACUAUUCAAAAAUACCAUUACAAGAUUCUAACCAUUGUGGAAAGCCGCCCUCACCCAAAGACAGUAUUGAACACUAUACUAUAUGCAGUUGCCUGAGAAAUCCUGCAAACAAAAAGAUGGAAGCUUGUCACUGUCUAAAACAGUGCGAUAGCAAACGUGAUACAAGUGUCGACAAAGUGAAUUCCUGUAAAGUAAUAAUAUUAGAUGAUUCAUGUGAAGUAUUUAUAUCAGAUAAUUAUCCAGCUGAAAGUAGCAGCUAUGCCAUUGAAGAAAAAUUUAGUUCUGUUCAAGUUAAUACAGUUAAUGGUAAAAAUACACACAGCAGAACCUGUAAUUUUUCGGCACGUGUUCCAUUUGUAUUCUUUGGAUUCGAUCUUAAGUGUACUUAACACAGUUUAGUUUUAUGAUAUGGGUUGAUUACUAUUUUGAUCAGAUGCUGCCAUUGCAUUUCAUGAUAAUACAAGUGGUAUAUGUAUGUUGAAUAAUUCAGAAGUUUUGAAUUAUUGUAUUAUGUUACAGACACAGAUGUGUGUUUUUGUUUAAUUUUUAAGAACAUGCAAAGCUGAUGAAAUACCCAUGUGAAGAGUGUGGAAAAAUGUUUUUGAGGAAAAAAUACUUAGAACAAAAUUCUCAUUCUAACAGAAAAAAUCUAAGUAUGUGAAUGUUCAUGUUGUUGCAAGUCAUUUGUGCAGAAAUUAAGUCCCACUCGGCACAUGAUUUGACACAAAAAUAAAAAACAAAGGGUGAUAAGUGUGAAAAGUAUUUUUUCCGUCUUGAUGUUUUCAGAGAACACCAAGAAAUGCAUAAGUUAAAAAAAAAAAAAAUGAAACCUGUGAACAGUGUGAAAAGUAAUUUUAUUUAGAGACAUACUUAAAUAAACACUAGCUCUCAUUCACAUAUAGGGAAAUAUUCUUGUACCAUCUGGUGUCAGGAAUUUGUACAGAGAUCUGAUAUGAAUCGUCACAGAGAUAUCCAUUCAAGAAUACUAUUACAAGAAUGUAAACAUUGUAGAAAGUCUUCUUCCAAAGACAGUAUGGAAUGGCUUGUAUGCAGUUACCUGAAAAAACCUGCAAAUAAAAAGAUUGAAGUUUUUCUCUGUCAAAAACAAUAAGAUAACACACACACUGCAAGUGUUGGAAACGUGAAUUCUUGUAAAGUAGUAAUUACUUUAAAUGAUUAUUCAGGUGAGGUAUUUAUACUAGAUGAUAAUUCAGCUGGAAGUAGCAGCUAUGCCAUUGAAGACAAAUUUAGUUCUGUUCAAGUUACAAUGAAAUUAAUGGUAAAAAUACAUGCAGCAGAAUCAUUUCAUUUGGAAAGUGUUUUAUUUCUAUUCUUUGGAUUCAGUCAGAAGUGUACUUAACACAGGUCAUUUUUAUGAUAUGGGCUGAUUAGUAUUUUAAUCAGAUGCUACCAGCACAUGCUUGUGAACUACUGCAUUAAUGACAGUACUAGCAUCAGUUGAAUGUUGAAUAAUUCAGAAAUUUUGGAUGUUAUAAACACAGCUGUGUGUUUGUUUUUCUUACUGAUGUUUAUUUUUUUGUAGUGGAAGUCUGCAGGAAGUGCAUGCAGUAGUUAUGGUAUAUUUUCCAUUGUUACUGUUUUUUAUUUUAUUUUUUUUCUUAGUGAAAGAAAGUCAGUAGGAAGUGCAUGUAGUAGUUAUGGUAUGUUUUCCAGUUUCAUUUGUAAUGCAAUUUAUUUCUCAAAACCUUGGAAAUUAUGUCAGGCUAGUUUCAGAUAUACUAUGCUCAGCUGGCUCAAAUAUCUGACUUAAAUAAAAAAUCCUAAACAAAUAAAGAACUAAUACUGAAA